AUGACGAAUCUAGUAUCCAGAGCCUAUAUAGUUGCGUUACUCUGCAUGAGUUCCUGCUGGCAUUCCGCGGCCUUUCAUACUACGUCCUUCGGCAAAACAUCUUUGGGUCUUAAAAUUUCCUCAUCAAGAAGCCCUACGUUCUCGUCCUUGAAAAAGGCGAAAGUCAUAGCGUCCGUUACGACGAAGCCGCUCACUAAACUGAGUGAUUCCAUGUCGGUUGUGUCUCCACCUGUUGACGAACGCGAAAACAACAAAGACGACGAAACACUCUUCGAAGGUCCAUUCAAAGGAAUCAUUCGUGACUACAAGGCUCGUUUGCCCUUGUUUGCUUCGGAUAUUAAGGACGGUCUGAACGUGCAAUGUCUGGCGGCCACCAUGUUCUUGUUCUUCGCUUGUCUAGCUCCCGCAGUGGGCUUUGGUGGUCUUUUCGACGUUGCAACGGGUGGUGCAAUUGGCACUGUUGAGAUGGUGUCUUCGACAGCUUUGUGCGGCUUGAUCUAUGCAAUCACUUCGGCCCAGCCGUUGACAAUCAUCGGAUCAACUGGACCUGUUUUAGCCUUCGUAGCCUGUCUCGCACAAUUGGCGAAGAUGCUGAACUUGCCGUUUCUGCAACUCUAUUCCUGGACAGGGUUGUGGACGUCAGCAAUUUUGUUUGUUUCUUCAAUCACUUCUGCCUCCAAUCUGGUCAAGUACCUCACACGUUUUACGGAUGAAAUCUUUUCGUUGCUGAUUAGUUGCAUAUUCGUCUUUGAGGCUGUGUCUGACGUCGGGCGUACCUUCUCAUCUCCGGCUUCAACCUUUACCAAAGCUCUGUUAACGUUGACAUGCGCAGCCUCUACCUUUACCAUUGCGACUCUGCUCAAGGGGCUCCGGAAAACAUCCCUGUUCCCAUCCCGAGUGCGCAACACCAUAUCCAAUUUUGCUCCGACGAUCGGUGUGGUAACGGCAUCUCUCAUUGCGCGCUGGGCGCGCGUCGUGCACGGCACUAAAUUGGCUGGUCUCCCGAGUUUGUCCAUCCCCGCAGUCUUUGGCACCACCAGUGGCCGCCCCUGGCUGGUUCCUAUUCUUGACUUUCCGGUCUGGGCUCGCUGGGCCGCCUUUUUACCGGCCCUCAUGGCCACUGUCUUAUUGUUCCUGGACCAAAACAUCACGGUGCGUCUGGUCAACAACCCUCGAUGGAAAAUGGAAAAAGGGCGUCGCAAAAACAAUGUUCUGGAUGGCAUGCACGCUGACAUGUUUAUCGUGUCGAUUUUGACCGCUGCUCAAUCAUUAGUCGGAAUUCCGUGGCUGGUGGCUGCGACGGUGCGUUCGUUAUCUCACGUUGGUGCUUUGUCAAAGUAUGACAAAGAAGGGAAAGUUGUCGGGACGAUAGAGCAACGUAUGACAGGUAUCUCGAUCCAUAGCUUGAUUGGCUGCGCAGUGCUUUUCAGCAAGCCCCGUAAGCUUCUGACGCAGGUACCAUUGCCAGUUUUGAUGGGUCUAUUCAUGUACUUGGGAACCAGUUCGUUGCCUGGAAACGAAAUGUGGGAACGGGUGACAGGAUUAUUCAAGGACAAGACGGUAGCUCCCAAGCAGCGUUGGUCUGAUAAAGUACCCGAUAAAGUGACGUCAACGUUUACACUCAUUCAAGUAGCUUGUCUGGGAGCUAUGUUUUGGGUCAAGGAAAGCCCAUUUGGUGUUCUGUUUCCUGUCGUCAUUGCCAUGCUCGCCCCACUCCGAUUUGCGCUGGAAAAGCAAGGAAUCAUUAAGAAGGAAUAUAUGGAUGUACUUGAUGAAGAGUAAAUCAAUGCGUCGGGCUAGGCUCUAGCUGUCAACGAGCGAUACAAAGUUCGUGCACAGUCAAUACACUACAUAAAAGUCUUUAAGGAUC